AUGCAGCAGGGCCUCCCAGAGAGCCUCGCCGCCAGCCUCGUCAGGCUCCGAGCCGUGCGGCAGUUCAACUCGCGCGUGGAUGCGGUUGAGAGCGAAGUCAUGCAGGAGGUGACCCGUUUGCAAGACGAGCUGCGCCGGCAGCAAGAGCAAGGCCGAACGCUGGCACAGCUCAGCUUCAGGCCCGACGUCAAGCUGCUCUCUCUCGAUGGCAAUACUGCCGUUCCUGCGCUGCGGCACGUGCUCACAAGCAACUCGCGCGUCCUGGAGCGCAUGUUCGCCGCGCACACUGCCGAGGCUCAGAGUGGCACCAUCAAGACGGAGGCGACGCUCUCUGUCCUCGAGCACGUCAUGAAGUCGCUACACUGCGCGGCCUGCGCAGACGACGAGGCGGAUGCGGUCGUCCUGCUCGGCGCCUGCGAGCUCGCGGCUCGGUGGGAGCUCGGCGCAGUGUUUCGCUCCACAGCGUCUGCCCUGCGAAACAAGUUGGACGCACGCUCGGCGGCGCUGGUCCUCGCCGCCGCCGACAAGCACGUCGAGGCUGACGCCGCGAGCGCAGGCUGGCAGAAGCUGCGCGAGGAUGCCGCGGCGGCGCUUGCACGCCUCAUGCCGAUGGGCGCGCUGCAGCCCGCCUUCAAGACGCUGGGCCUCAGCUCCAUCCUCGAGGUUGUCAGCAACGUCACGGAGGACACGGUGACCGUGCCGGACCUCGCCAUUGACAUCACGUCGCCCGGCUACAC